UAAGUUGUCAUUUCCUUGACGGAAGUUCAAAACAAAUGCUAGCUGUUCGGGGAUACAUCUGUCUACUUUCAAUGAGUUUGACGGUGUUUGCAUCCUUGUACUCUCAAAGCUAUUAAUUUGCUUGCGUAUCCAUGGAAACGUCCGAGCCUGGCCCUGCAGAUGGCGAGGAGCACCAGGUGGAAUUGCGACCCCGAACCCGCUCCAACCCUGAAGGUGCGGAGGACCGUCGAAGCAGCACAGGUAGCCUCGGAGGCGGAGGUAAUCCCAGUUUAUCGCAGCCGGCCGUGGGCAGUCGUGUCGAGGGCGAGGGCGAGGCCUCGACCAGCGACAGUCCUCCGUCUUCCACCACCACGACCAUCUCCGCGGUUGGAGCUCAGACUUCUGCCCCUGUUGCUGCCGCUUCUGCCGCCACAGUCGUACAACAUGCUUUGGCCGCUGCUUGCAAGGAGAGGCUCAAGCCCACGCCACAGCAGCCUGCACUGGCAGCCUCUGUUUCCCCAGCAGCUGAGUACCAAAUCCGAAUUCCUCGGGUCAACUGUCCAGAAAAAGUGAUCAUCUGCCUGGACCUUUCUGAAGAGAUGUGUUUACCAAAGCUGGAAUCUUUUAACGGCUCUAAAACAAACGCCUUGAACAUUUCCCAGAAGAUGAUUGAGAUGUUUGUCAGAACGAAGCACAAGAUUGACAAACGGCACGAGUUUGCUCUGGUGGUGGUGAAUGAUGACGCUCUGUGGCUCUCAGGCUUCACUUCAGACCCUCGGGAGCUGUGCAGCUGUCUCUAUGAUCUGGACACCAACAUGUGUGAGACUUUCAACCUGGAAGAUCUUCUCAGUGUCAUUCGUCAGAAGAUUGAGCUGCCAUCGAUGGAGAAUGUUCAGACUGUGCCACCUCCUUACGUGGUGAGGACCGUACUUAUUUACAGCCGUCAUGCUGGGCAGCUCCAGCUCAACCCCUCCGAGGCUGUCAGUAAAAUGCUACAGUCUCCCUAUUUUUUCUUUGAUGUGGUCUACCUCCAUAACGGCGCCGAAGAUCACGGCGAGGAUACAAGCUGGCGGGACAACUACACGUCUUUCUGCAACCUUGACUCCAAGGGCAUGUGCUAUCGCUUUGAGGUUUCUUUAAGUGGCCCUGCCAUCGAGCUGCACAAUUGCAUGGCCAAACUUCUCGCUCACCCUCUGCAGAGGCCUUUCCAGAGUCACGCGUCAUACAGCCUCCUGGAGGGAGAAGAGACGCAGGACAUUGAGGCUACCGUCUAGCAGGGGGGACUUGUUCUGUGGGGAAAUAAACGUACACUGUAAAUGAGUAGACCAGCACCCGGAUUCCAGUUACUUGAUUAUAAUAUCGAAUGCAGAACUGCCAAAUGUUAUGGAUUGCCCGUGUUUUGUUACGGCAAUCACGGAAUUCAGAAUCGUUACGACCGUAACGCAAUUGGCGUUAGAUAUUUUUAAAAUAUCCAGCGUCCAACUUUAGCACCAGUAUGAAGCCGUUCAAGACAUUACAAUAGAAACCAAAAUUUUGUCCAUGCUAAAAUCAUCUCAUACAGUCUAUCAACAAUGGGGUUUUUUUUGUUUGCAAAAUACAGUGCUGAGUUUCAAUUUUGACUUUUGUGAUCUGAUUAAUGUGAUUUUAUAGACUUGCUUUCUUUACAAAAACAGAAUCGGUGAAGGAUAAUUCAUCCAUAAUAGUUAUUUUUAUGCUCUUACAUUAAUACUCUACAAUAACUGUCGCGUAGUGAUGUUCUUAACAAAAUGUAAAAAAUAUUCAGACAAAUUGUUACGGAAGUGAAGUUCUGUAGGUUUUCAGCCGUGCUAAUGUAUUGACAAAAUCUCAGUCCAUGUAACCGUAACAUUGAAGUAGUGAACUGGAAGAUAAUAGACUCUUGCACACUUUCUGAAAGAUUUCCUCAUUUUACUUGGUCACAUUGUGUACGUUUUGUUGGUUGGUUGAAUAUAUUUUGCUAAAAUAAGAGGAUUGACUUUCGUCUUUUGCCUUACACCAAAUAAGACAAAUGACUCCAUUUGUGUUAUGUAUCCUGUUGUAUUAUUUUUGUCAUUUUAUGUUUAAUUGUUCUGUAAAGCGCUUUUUUUUACAGCUGCAGUUGUUAAGAAAGCGCUAUUUCAAUAAAGAAAUAUUGAUCGUA